UUAUUAAACAACAGUCUUUGAAAAUGAAGGACAAUAAUAAACUAAUAGACUUUUCGAUGAACUUAGAUACUCAUUUUUUCGGCUUUAAAUCAAAAUUAAAAUAAUUAAGAAAAUGAUUUUCCUUUACGUGCUUUUUCUUAUGCUCUUGCUGAUAUGAAGUGUGAAAAAUGAAAAACUCAUCAGUUUAAUAUCCGCGCAUUCAUCAAACCCCAGAUUGCAAAGUUGAGCAGCUGAUUUGAUACCAGUCUGAUGGCAGUUGAAAGAAUUUUGUAAUCAUUUUGCAAGAUAACGUAAACAGCGAAUGGAAUACAACAUUUGAGAUUGAAAUGUAUCCCAGUCUAAGCAAAGCUGGCACUAGUAAAUUUAUUGUUCAAGUUGGAAGCUCGUUUCGUUCACAAAUCCUACGAGUUUAUGCGGAUAAAGUCGACGACAUUAAGUUGCCGCCUGAACCAACAACAUGCUGCAUGUCUGGUUGUGCGAAUUGCGUUUGGAUUGAAUAUGCUCAGACUUUAGUGAAAUUACUCAAAGGCAACUCGGAUAAAGCUCGUGAUAUAGUCUUGAGCAAAAUUGAAGAUCCAAAUUUAAAAGCAUUUUUAGCCAUGGAGUUAAGAUAUCUUAAACAGAAAAUGGAUGAAGAAAAAUCAAAAGCUGACGAAACAAAAAAAGACCCCAAAGACAUAGUAUGAGAAAUUAU